AUGACUGCGCCUGCUUUUGUCAAUGGCAGACAUGCGGUGCCCGAACUCAAUGAGAAUGAGAAGAAGGGUGUGCAGAAGUAUGAGGCUCGGGCCCAGGCGGAAUCCCAGCUGGCCAAGCAAGACUCUCCCUUCUUCUCAAACACCGACAAACCCGGAGAGGCGACGUAA